UUCAUUCUCCUCUCUACAGUCAUCAUGGGUAACUGGGUAGAGAAUGAGGGACUCUCCAUAUUUGUAAUUUUUGUGUGGCUGGUUUUAAACGUCUUCCUGUUCACAUGGUACUACUUCGUAUAUGACCUUGAAAUUAAAUACUACUAUACAAGAAAACUCCUUGGGCCUUUCCUGGCAUGGGCUCGGGCACCUGCAGCAUGUCUGAAUUUCAACUGUAUGUUGAUUCUGCUUCCAGUCUGUCGAAACUUGCUUUCCUUCCUCAGAGGAUCCAGUGCGUGCUGCUCAGUGAGAGUCAGAAGACAAUUGGACAGGAACCUCACAUUUCAUAAACUUGUGGCUUGGAUGAUUGCACUCCAUACUACAAUCCAUACAAUUGCACAUUUAUUUAAUGUAGAAAACUCUGUGAAUGCACGUAAUGAAAAGGAAGCAACCCUUCAAUCUGUGCUAUCUCAUUUGGAAGAUAAAGGAAAUGAAACCUACCUCAAUUUUGCCCGCAAGGAACUCCCAAACCCUGAAGGUGGCCUCUAUGUAGCAUUCACAACCUUGGCAGGUCUCAGUGGUGUUAUCAUUACACUGUGUCUAAUAUUAAUAAUCACAUCAUCUACUAAAACCAUUCGAAGGUCGUACUUUGAAGUAUUUUGGUUCACCCAUCAUCUUUUUGUUAUCUUUUUUGUGGGUCUUGUCAUACAUGGAGCUGGACAAAUUGUACGUGGACAGACAGGCACUAGUUUGGAAGAGCAUAAUCCAAAUGAUUGUGACAAACAUUUCACUCAGUGGGGGAAAAUACGAGAGUGUCCUAUACCACAGUUUUCUGGAAAUCCUCCUAUGACAUGGAAAUGGGUAGUUGGUCCAAUAUUUCUAUACCUCUGUGAGAGGCUGGUGCGGUUUUGGCGGUCACAACAAAAAGUUGUUAUUACAAAGGUUGUCAUUCACCCCUUCAAAACCAUUGAGCUCCAGAUGAAGAAAAAGGGCUUCAAAAUGGAAGUCGGUCAGUACAUUUUUGUCAAAUGUCCUGCCGUGUCCAUGCUGGAGUGGCACCCUUUCACACUAACUUCUGCCCCUGAAGAGGAUUACUUCAGCAUUCACAUACGUAUUGUAGGGGACUGGACAGAAGGCUUGUUUAAUGUCUGUGGAUGUGACAAACAAGAAUUCCAGGAUGCCUGGAAGUUGCCAAAGAUAGCCGUGGAUGGCCCCUUUGGCACUGCUAGUGAAGAUGUGUUCAGUUAUGAAACGGUGAUGUUGGUUGGAGCUGGCAUUGGAGUCACUCCAUUUGCAUCAGUCCUCAAGUCUGUAUGGUACAAAUAUUGCAAUGAUGCCACUAACCUAAGACUCAAAAAGAUCUAUUUCUACUGGCUCUGCAGAGAUACUCAUGCCUUUGAGUGGUUUGCUGACCUCUUACAGUCACUGGAGGUUCAGAUGCAGGAGAGGAAUAAUGCAGCAUUUCUCAGCUACAAUAUCUACCUUACUGGCUGGGAUGAAUCUCAGGCUACACACUUUACAGUUCAUCAUGAUGAAGAGAAAGAUGUGAUCACCGGUUUGAAACAGAAAACCCUUUAUGGGAGACCAAAUUGGGAAAAUGAGUUCAAAAUGAUUGCAAAUCAGCAUCCCAGUUCAAGGAUUGGAGUUUUCCUGUGCGGACCUGAAGCCUUGGCUACAACCUUAAAUAGGAUGAGUAUUAACAAUUCAGAAGCUGAUCCCCGUGGAGUGCACUUCAUAUUCAACAAAGAAAAUUUCUGAACAUGCUUGUCCUUACCCCACCCCCUCAAAAACGGCUGUUUAAGCAGUAUGAAUCUUAAUACAACUAAUUAUCUUCUCACUAGAAUUUUGCCCCGAUAUAACCCCAAGUUUCUAUGUUUGGCUUGAGUUAGCUUUUGCAUUGUGUAUUAUUUAGCAAACUAUCUAUUCUCCAUGUUAAGUUUGACAUGGAGUUGACAUAUCUUCCUUAUGUCCUCUACCAUAACCUCAUUUUCCAUACAAGGAUAUGUCUAGGAGGUUUAUACAGAUAAUUAAUGGCUAGAGAACUAAAAUCACACAUGCCUUUUCCAGCUCUUCAAUGAUCAUUUAGGAAUCUUCCCCUGCUUCAGUCAGUGCACAAUGCCACUGUUCACAAGUUAUCUUCUCUAGCUUUAUAUUCAUAGGGCUUCCUUCAACCUUGUUAAUUUCACCAGAUACUAGAAAAUGGUGGUGAUGCAUAGCAGAUCCCAGGAUUGUAGGAAAGGCGGUGGAUGACUCAAGUAACGUGCUGCACUUGUUAAUAAGUAAGUAAUAGGGGAAAUAAACCAAUACAUUUCUCCAUUUCACUACUAGUCUGAGAAAUAACUCGAGGCAUUUAAACUUGGUGAUGAUAGAAGAAGAAACAGCCAGUUCUUAUAAGCAAUCAAGACAAGGUACAUGAUCUUCUGAACAGUGUAGAUUGACAGGUCAUAGCCAGGAAAAAGGAAUGCAGUAAGAAUAACAUUCUUGGAUAGCAACAUUCAUUUCAAAACAUAACUGGGAAAGAAUAUCCAAGGCCAGAGCUGAAUAUUUCCAUUUUUAACUUUAGAUAUAUAGUGGAAGCAAACUCGUUGUGCCCUUUUUUAUGGCCUCUAUGUUAUGAUGUUAUAAAAACAAAUUCAGGAACAGAAAUGCAAAUCAUAGGGUGUAGAAGGAUUUUCUCACAAGCUUUGAGCAGUCCAGGUCAAUGAGUUUUAAUUAGAAGUUGAACAGUAACCAAAGGGGCACUUCCAUAUAGGGCAGAGAAAGAAGUAAAACAAAAAUCCUAAAUAUCCAACACUCAGGAAAAAGUGUUCAACAACCAGCUAAACAGGAGCUUCAUAUAAGCACUUCAUGGGUGAUACAAAUAUACAAGAAAGCUGAAAUCAAUUAUAUAUCCACCCUCAUGCAUGGGCCAUCACUAGAUUUAAAAACCUGCUAGAACUCAUUUCAAGGUGCAUUCUGCCUUUCACAUAUGCACAUUAACAGUGCUUUAAGUGGUACGUAUGAAAUUGAUGUAGUGGGAUUAGAGGAAAUGCUUUCAAUAUUAUGCCAGUUACUUAAAAAACAAACUUUUUUGUUUCUUGGGGGGAAAAGGGAGAGAGAAUAGAGCUGGGAAAGCAUAGGACAGACCCUUAGUGGAACAGUGAGGUUAACAACUAGCAGCCUUAUAUACAGGAAAAGUCACCCUUUCUAUUUGAUGCCCUUAUCUAAAAGGCAUUUUCCAGACCCUUAGUUAUUCAUAAGAAUGGUGCAUGAUUGCCCUAAGGUAUGUAUAUAUUGCUUUGAUUUAAGUGCAUUAAAUUAGAACAUAAAGUUUCUAUUCUGAAGUCUGAUUUUGAAUUUAUAUUCUUGUAUUGUACAUAGCAUUCUCAGUAAAAUAGUCUGAUUAUUAUUUUCUACUUUAAUGAGGCCCUAUAUCAAUUUUUGAUAGAAGGACAAAUAAAUUUCAACAUGUGGGUCAUUUAGGGGUUUGCAUUUGGUUCAUGUAGACCCUGUGUUUAAAUGUGAGUUAGACGUCGUUUUUAAAAAUACCAACAGUUUUGUACAAUUGAGAGUGACUAUUAAGACAAUGAAAUAAAAAGUU